AUGACAUACAAUCUCCUGCGCAAGGGCGGCAUUCCUGCAUUGGCGUGCAUUGCUUCUCCAUCCGAAGAUGACUCAUUCCUGCAAUGCACUUUUCAAGUCAAGUAUGACAACGACCGCCUCUAUGCUACCUUUUCGCUCCAAUACAACACACACCUACACGAUACGACGGAUAAACAACCAUUUGAUCUAAUAUAUGAUGCUGAUAACCUCCUCCCUACUACGACUAAAUGCCAGAUUCCAAAGCGUGUUCUCUCCCCAGAGAAUGAAACCUAUGUCGCACGAAAUGGCUUUUCUAAGAUUCAUGUUUUGUCAUUGCAUCUUCAGAAACCGUGCCCAAUCAUCUGCCCUACUCCGUCCAGCAAUAUUGCGCCCAAGUCGAGCUGCCAGACCCCUUCUCGGUGCCUUGUUGACUUGGCCAAAUCCAAACAUAUCGAGAUUAUAUUUGACUUAAAAUGGCUGGAUCGUAAACGUGUCAAUUCAUUCUUGAGUAUUGUCAGCCAGCCAGAACGAUUUCAUGGGUUUCCUAUUGAUGAGAAAAACCUGAGAGGACGGCGGCUGGCCGACUGGACUAUCUUCAGUCCUGAAGAGGAGAACGUGGUGGUGUCAGAGGAGCUUCCUCCGUACACAAAGGCGAAGCACAAGCGACCCCGAGGGGUAUCGAGUAGUCCAUCGCCACCAACGAAGCGUAUGUUCAUACCUCCAGGUUCGCCAACAGAGAGAGCCACUACGGCAUCACUGCCCAACAGUCCAGCGGACUUGUCCUCUACAGUUGACAAAUCACCACGUAUGAUAUCUUUGUGCACUGCAUCGGCGCUUUCCCGCUCUUAUGCUGAGAAUUCGUAUCUACCUAACCCUAUAACUGACAUGAACGACCCAUCCGUGUUGGAGAAUAACGUCCGCAGCAUAAUGCUCAAUCUCUUCCCCGCUAUGUUCGCCUCCUUCAUCGACCGCUCCCGCUCGGUUUCCCCAUCCUCAUCGUCCUCGAGCGACCCAAACACACAUCCAACAGCCGCGCCUUCACUCAAAUCCAUCUACCAACUCCGCUCGCUCCUCACAAAACGCGCCGUCAAACAUGCUGAGAAGAAACUUAGCGCCAUUUUCAACGACAUGCAGUAUGAUGCAAAUUCUCUCCGACUGGCAGCCGACGAGGAAUUCCUCCAAGUUGUAGCAGAGGAGAAGUUAGAUAUAAAACAACGGAAAGAGGACGCGCUAGAGGAGCUGGGUGAUGAGAUCGACAAUGUCGUUCACGAGAAAUUGGUUGCGUUGUCUGAUGAGCUUGAUUAUCUGGUUGAGCAGGCAGGGGUGAUGGUAGAGAACGCGGUUGAUGCGAAGGUAGAGAGGUAUACAAAUACGACGUGGAACAGGGCAGUGACGGGCGGUCUACUGGACCAGGAGAUGCGGGCAGGAAAUAAGGUCACAAGAGCGGGUCAUGCUGCGGGCGAUCGAAAGCGAAAACGUUUUAACUUUCGCUCAUGUGUGCGGUGAGCCUAGACUAUUCUACAGUCCGUCAUCGUCGCGCCGUCGCGGUGUAAGCCGUGCACGCGGUUUGAAGCACCUGGUACCGAGGCCUAGAAAUACUGGUAUCUCAUUGAAAAUGUUUCCAUUCUCUUCACUUUCCGAGCCUUGGGGCAACAGGUUAAACGCAUGUUCUGAAAGCUCUGGCAUAGUUCUAUAUGCGUCCCAACCAGAGAAUCCUGAGAUUGUCAUUAUGCACCUCGCAUGUACGAUAUUAGAACCAUUCGACGUACUUCCUAAGAAGCUUCUAGAGGCUAUAUCUCUGGAAGAGUCGCCGUGACGAACUGUUGUUG